CGCUGUGCUGGACAGCUGAGCCUUCCAUGAGAUGACCAAUAAACCAGUCCUUUCAAUACUCAGCUCUGAUGCCCCAUUCUGUCAAUUCCAAAUUCUUCCCUACAAGCAAGAUGUAACUUUCACCUCUUUCACUGUGUAGUUUAGUUGAAUUCAUUAUUGACAUAGGUGGCAGAGAGACUCAUAACGUAACAUGCUAUCCCACUAAUGUUACAAAAACAGAAUUCCACAAUUAGCUUCCUCUCCAAACCAUAUAGGAAGAGCAGAGUGUCUGACUCGGGUCCGUGGUAGAAAUUCUCUCCAAGCUUGUGCAACAGAAAUCCCCUCAGUAGGCAUAGAGAAAAUUAAUCCUUGCUGCUGAUCUACAUUGCCUUCACAGGUGAAGGUUUUGAAGUAGAUCUUCACCUGCAGGUCCUGCUACUGUCGCAAGUUUUCCACAAUAGAGUAAUUGCCACUGGCACAGUCUAAGCUGUUCUUACUUACUACAGUUGAAAGGAGAAACGGCUUUGUGCUAUGGCAUAAAGAAACGUAGGACUCGGGAAAGGAAGAUCCCUGCCCCACGUAAUCUGUUUCUUUGGAGACAUGUGAUGAAGGCUCAGGAGCACAGUGGCUUCAUCUGAUCACACACAGAUGUCUCCAGUAGAGCUAAACUUGCCUGGGUCCUUCUCUGGCCAAUGAAGCAUGUCCCUGCUGGAAGGGAUGCAUGACAGCCCCUUACUGCUCUCUCUCUCCACUGACAACAUGUUUACAUCUUGCCUUAAAGACAUAUAUUCAUUAAGAAUAGAACACAUCAGAAGAGGCAGGGGCGGGAUGUUUCUUUGGUGUAGGAGGGACUCAAAAAAAUAUCCAACAAAUCAAAACCUAAAUAUGAAGAGGAAAAGGAGUCCUCUGAACAGUGACGCGGCACCCAGGUUCUGAACACAUCACAGGAAGAGGUGGACUCGUGUGGAAAAAACUCCAUUGGUGAGUCACAGGAACACUUCUGUACUUAGGAGGCAAACAUCUCAGUUCCUGUUUGGUAUCUGGGAUUAUUUCAUAGUGAAAUAACACUGUCAUAGGGCAGAGGAAGGAAGUAAGAUGUCCCUUCUAAGAAAGGCACGUGCUCUUCAUGGCUUACUCUGUUCUCCACUUGUAGAGAUUCUCCUAACACAUCUCUGAACACGAGAUGCUGUGGGUAGGCUACCGUGCUCCAUGGCAGGGUAAGAAUCCAGUCCCAAGAUACAUUCAACUUAAAGCAUUCAUCUACAGGUCCCCGACCUGUCCAAUCACACCAAACCACUAAAAAGAGAAAUUUUACUACUUUAGUCACAACGCAGGUGUAAGGCAGAAGCAGCUCAAUACAGCACCUCACAAAACAUGGUACGAAUUCAGCCAUCCACAAGGCAUGCCCAUAGCUUCACCUCCUGCCCCACCUUCCUCCAGCAGGUGGUAAAACUGGGCUCUCCUCAAAGCUCCGGAUCCCAUUGCAAAGGCAGCGUGGAUUCAGCUUAGCUUGAGGAGAAUAAACUGACACCAGGAGGAGCCCACACAAGUAGCACACCUCACAUGUCUCAAUGGCAGACGGACUGUUCACAUUUCCCUGACGGGAUUUCAAGACAUAGAUGCUUGCAGUGGUAGUUGAUAGAUCCAACAGAUUCUCUGUUGGUUUUGUUAAGCUCUGCUCUAGCUCAUGCAGGCGUCACCAGGCUCACAGCCUCGUACCACCACAAGCCUCUCAGAGCUCAGCAGGCUUCACUCCAGCUUCCCUCACUCACCAAAGUGCUGUGAGGCCCAAAGAAAUGAGCCCAGUUCCCAGAUCGCUUCGGCUCACUUUCUCACAAAACAGCACUUCCAUCACUCAGCAGUGCCCGUUUUCUGGCUCCCAGAACAACAGCAACGCUGGCACAGGAGCUAUACAGGCAUGCCCACCCCGCAGGCCACACGCUCCCCCGCCCAGCCCUCCCACGGCCGCCUCCUGCCCCGCGCCAUCAUGGCGGCGGCUGCGCCCCAGCCGUGCAGCCAUCGCUCUCAGCUGCACAGCCCUACUGUUCAGUGUGUGCAGUGAGAGCAGGGCGUGGGACAAAGCCGGCUCCGGGGAUGGCAAACAACUCUUUGCAUUUGGAGCCGUUGGCUGAACGCGGCCUUGUCAACUGCCAACAGUGGGCAGCGGUGCUCUGCGGUCUCAUACAGGAAUGUAAGAACAGAGGGCAGGAUGGACAAAAGCAUCAUCAGCUUCACAACCACACCGUAUUCGUGACAUCAGGUUUUGGCACUACCCACAUUUGGGACCAGUCAAGGAUGCAGUGCAGGAAGAGUAAAAUUUCAUCAGAAUUCUCUGACAAACCCCACUGAGAUCUCACUGGGAACUGCAGGCACUGCCAUCCAACCAGAUCACUGCAUUAGUUACACAAAAACAAGGCCACAUAGCCCACCAGUUUUAUCAUUCUCUUUGCUUAUAUUUUUAACAUUUUAAUAAAAGCGCUGAAAAUCAAAUUGAUUUCUUAUUUACAUGUUAAGGAUAGAGUCUGUUUAGAAAGGACUGUUCUGAAAGUAACAGCUUCGUGUUCCGUGCAGAACAAAUGGCACCCACUGACAUUCAUUGAUGCUUUUUGGAUGUUUCUGGAGACCAAAUGUUGGGUGUGAGCACAGUGCGGCUCCGAGAGGAGCAUUUCCGCAGCGGCAACAGCGACUGCGGUCACCAGUGCUGGUGCCUAACACUGCUCCCCAUCACUCAAUGCUGUCCAGGCAAGACAGAUUGUUGCACACCCAUGGAGUCAUAGAAAAACUCCUCAUCAGAGAAAAAAAGAAGAAAAAAUAACAAAUAAAAAGGAUAACCAGGAAAUACCAAGAGAAGAAGCAAAUAAGCCAGGAUAGGGAAACAGUCAUUCAUGUACCAAGCUGCAGGAAGUCCAAAACCGCUACCAACGUGUGAGUGGUCAACGAGCGGCAGCAGCCCUGGCAGGGCCCUGAAUGUAGAAGCACACAAGGGUUAUUUGGCUGGGCGGAAGUCCUUGUGGUUGCAGAAGAAAGUCACAAGAUGUAAAAAAAAUAAAAGAAAAAAACUAAUCUGCAUGACACUGGGGCAUAAGAUUUUCUUGAUGGGUAUCACACCAGAGACCUCCUGCCUUGCGCACAGCAGCUUCUGAACAGAAAUUACAAGGAACAAUUGCAGAGAACAACUAACAUACGGAACUCAGCUACAUGUUCACAUUGUCUGGACUCAGAGUAAACAAAGGCAGAUGGAUCAAACUCUAAAUAAAAUAGAAAAAAUCAAAUAAAAUCUCCGACCCAAAAUACAACUUGCAGUCCAUGUGAACUGAAGGGGACAUGGCCUGGUUUCCAGUAGUUCCGGUCAUAAUGCGAGUGCCUAAAAGACCUUGGAGACAGCAGUAGGUGGCCACAGAACUGGUUUCCAAAAGGACCACUGAAUGCCUGAAUCUCAGCUGAAGACAUUGCUGCAAAAUUCUGGAAGCACCAUUAAAAACAUUGCUAUAACAAUAAAUGAGCCCAAGCUCUGGAUCACAAAUGAAGUGCCGCAGAGAUCUUUCCUCACUCUGUUUCACCUCAGAGGCUGAACACGGACUCUUCACAGAAGAGGGUCCUGAUGACAUCACAUCCUCUCCUAUAAAUUACGCUGCCUCCAAAGUUCACUGAGAAACAUCACCCACGCUCCGCUGCACCGCCCCGAGGACGAUGGCCGGGUCUCCUGCACUGCUCCUCCUGCUCAGCCUGGGGCUCUGCUGCACCGGUGCCCAGGGACAGAGGAUGGAGGCCAGGUUCCUCGAUAGGAAUAUGAAGCACCCCCAGGAGGGACAGCAGCUGGAGCUGGAGUGCCUGAAUCAUGACAUGAAAAGACCCAUCUUCUGGAUCCGCCUGGACAGGAGUGGGAACCUUCACUUCAUUCUCUCCAGUACACAGUCUUAUUCCUCUACCUUGCCGGAGAAUGAGAAAACAGCUACAAAUUUUGAGGCACUAUGGAGAGGAAACUCCUAUCGGCUGGUGGUGAAGUUCUUCAGGGCACAGGACCAGGGGAUCUAUUUCUGCGUCAACUACAUCAACCCGGUGCUGCACUUCAGCUCUGGACAACCCGCCUUCUUCCCAGCAGAACACAUCACAUCCACAACUACCACCCAGAGCAGCCAGGUCACCAUGAAGGACAAUCGACAACAGGGCCCACAUGCAGAAACAAGUAACGAAAACACGAUGAAUUCCAUCUGUAAUAUUUUCCUCUGGGUUCGAGUGGCUGGUACCAGCCUCCUGCUCCUCACUGCCAUAACCAUCACCAUCACGCAUUGCCAAAGACCAAGCUCAGCGUAAGCAAGCAGUGCUGCGUCGCUGCUCAGCAGAAGGCACACAGGCGUCCUCCUCAAGCACCGCACGGAUCCCAGCAGCAACACACACAGCUGCCCUGAUGCAGCGCGGGCAUUUGGCUGCUCCUUCUCUGCCUGCGCCUCAACCACUUCCAAAACUCAGUUCCCAUACCCCACCUCUCACUUCUGAAAUAUUCCCGAUUAAACGCAUCUAAUUCUUAAUGCUCUCAGUGUCUUCUUUGGAUUCAUCCACAGUUUUCACAGAAGCAGAGGGACUGAACGUGCAACAACCAACACAACUGUCAAUGGUUUAUGGGCUGGUUCAGCCCAGUUCCAUGACUAGCAGGGCAGAGGGAUUUCAUGAAACCCACGCCUCCGGAAAAGGGGAACAGGGGACCCAAAAUAAUUUAAAACAGUGGCAACAAUCUGAGGAAAAACAAACUAAUUUACUAAAUACACUAUCAGAAUGCAACAUUUACUACUGCAAGAUUGUGGCAAGGUGAUGUAAUCAACCUGCCACGCCUCCCCAUAUUUAUACUUUUGCCAUCGCCCUUCCCCCCAGAGAGGUUUCAUCCUCUUAGCUUGUUUAAUUGUGGUGCAUGUGUCACAGUCAUGAAUAACUUGUGUAAUAGAGUCCAUAAUUAAGUCCAUCUCUCGGUCUCUAGCCCAUUUGUAUGUUGCAUCUCUC